AUGAUCUAUCAAAUCAUAAAAGAGUAUUAUUUUUUCUUAAAAAGAUCUCGAGACGAGCGUUUCCAAUUUGCGUCAAGAGCUGAACGAGUUCGGGUGCAAACGAAGCAAAACUACGAGAAAUUGUCGGACGAACAAGGGAAAUUGCAAAGAAAAGUCGACGCAGAAUCUCUUUUCUUGACAAAGUUCGACUCGAUUCCAAUCACUUCGAUCUCGAUUCCGAUCAAAAUCACCGGCCCAAUCAAUGUGACAUUGCCCCGAGAAAGUGUCGAGUUAACAAUCGACUUUGAGAAUGAUCCCAAUGACUCCUUUGAGAACGUUUCUCUCUCAUUUCAAUGGGAGGUGAUCGCUGGGACGGGCCUAGCCACCGCUAAAGCCUACAAUCGACGAAAGUUGACACUUGUACAGUUGAAAUCGGGAGUGAUUGUCGUUCGUGCAACUGUCACCGGCAAGGAUUUCAACGGCAGAGCUGAGCACACGCUGGAGUUGAUUGAGCCACCGGAGGCUUCUCGGCCACCACAAGCUGUUAUUCGACCUGAAGGACCGAUCGAAAGUGUUGAAGGAAACACAUUGACAUUAGAUGCUGAAGGCAGUCUUGUCUCCGCCACUCCAGCUUCUUUUGAAUGGGUGCAAGUCUCGGGUCCAACUGUUGCUCUUUCCGCUACGAACACUCCCAGUUUGAAGAUUGAACGCUUAGCGCAAGGGGUUUACAAAUUUCGAGUGACAGUCAGUGACACCGAAGGGAGAUCCGAUUCAACAACAGUUACUGUCAAUGUAAAAGAAGAGCGUGACGAUCCACCGAAAGCGCACAUCACCGAGUGUGGAACGGGAACGGCGACCGGGAUGGUUUCUGUUCGAUUACCCUUGAAUCAUAUUCAUCUCUGCGCAAACUCAAGUCAAGAUGAUAAAGGAAUUGUUGAAUAUCGCUGGUAUCGAGUCGACUCGUUCACUCAUGAGCUCACUGUUGAUAUUGAUGGGUCAUCAAGUAAUGUGCUGGAGCUAAGAAAUUUACAGGCGACUGAACAACUCGGCGCCUAUGAGUUCGCAUUGGAUGUUGUUGAUGGAAAACACCAAAAAGACUCGACAAAAGUCUCGGUUUUCGUCCACGCGGCGCACAAUUUGCCUCCAGAGCCAAACGGAGGCGGCAAUCGAACAGUGAUUUUACCUGAAUCUUCGUUGGUUUUAGAGGGAAACGCGAAAGAUGAUGGGGUGAUAAAAGCGUUUAAUUGGACACAAAUUAGUGGCCCAUCAACAAUUUCAAUCGUAAACGCGAAUCAAGCAAAAGCAACCAUAUCUAAGCUCAUCCUUGGUGAUUAUAUCUUCCAAUUCUCAGUGACAGAUGAUGGAGGACUAGAGGCACACGAUAUUGUCAAAGUAUCGGUGAUUAGAGGUGAAAACAAGCCACCGAUAGCCUUAGCCGAAAAUGUGACCGUUUCCCUGCCGAUCUCUGUCGUCAAAUUGGACGGAUCGGCGAGCCACGACGAUGCGGGGAUUGUCGCCUAUCGAUGGACACCAGAUGAUGAUACUCCAGCGAUUUUGGAACUCCUCGAUGGCUCACAGAACACUCCAGUCCUCCUUGUUGGCGGCCUAGUUGAAGGGAUUUUUAAAUUCAAUUUCUCGGUUCGUGAUCAACAAGAGGAAAAGGAUGAGAAAUGGGUGUGGCUACAUGUGGAGAAAGGUGAAGCUGAGCGCGAGUCUGUCGAGUUGUUGAUUCGACAAUCUGUUGAGCGAUUCUCCUAUUUACAGAAAUCAAAAUUAGAGAACAGAAUCGCAGCCAUUCUCUCCUCCGGUGUUUCUGGUGUUUCCCAAUUGCACCCAGCAGGCAUUGCCAAACGGGGAUGCAAAAACGGACGACGACAACAACAAAUGGACGCAACACCGAGUGCUGAAGAUCAUACAAGGAUCACGAUUCUCGUUAAACAGAUCGGCUCUCGAAAUCCGCAAACUUUCAAUCGAAUCAUCGAGCGCCUUAAUCGACAACAUGGACUACAAGUCGGCGACUCGGCACAACCGCGCAUCGUCCAGGCAAAUUUUGUCACCAAUGUCGCGAACGAAUCGAUCAAAUUUGGGGAAUUUCAGAUACAUCGUCGCAUUGUUGGGAUCAUCGGGGUCGCCUGUAGGUCACCAUCGACAAGCGAAAGCAAUCAGAAUAGAGAGCGCUCUCCAAACGAGAAAACGAUGGCGAUUCGGCGGCGCUCGUCGGUUGGAGUGAUUGUCGGCAUUGAUGAUGUCAAGAUAUUCUAUGAGAAUUUAAAGUCGGAUUUCUCAUCAACUCUCGUCGACAGUCGUUGCAUUUUGAUUGGUUACAAUGAGGAGGAUUGCACGACGAGAUUCGCAUCAAGAGAAGCUCUACAAUUUGCGGCUAUGGAAGAUGCAGAUGGCCUCGAGGAAGCGAUUCGUGAAUUCGUGCGGAAUAUCUACUUUGUGCAUGAGCAGAAACGAAUGGAUGUCGCUUUCGAGAAAGUGGAUCCUCCACCUUGCCCAUUGCUGCCCGAAGAAGAAAAGUUACGCGUUGGCACCGAGAAUAAAACUUCAAAGACUUUUAGAAGAAAAUGCAUUGGACGCUGCCGAAAACAUCAAGCUGAUUACACUUUGUUAGCCGGUUUACCCUCACAGGCUCUCGAACACUACCAAAAUGCGAUCGAGUUGCUGAAAUCGGCAAACGACUUUUUGUGGCUAGCUGGAGCUCUUGAGGGCUGGGCGUGCGCGGCGAUGGCGUUAAUUUUUGAGGAAAUGAAUACGAAUAGGUCUUCAAUGCAUCGAGUGGCCACGUUAACCCCGGCACAACUACGAGAAGCUGCUCAAGGGAAAAACUAUCACUCGUUGGGUGUAAAUCAUGGACAUCAACGGUAUCGCUCCGACGAGGAUGCCUCGAGAUUCUCGACGACGAACUCGGCGGAACGUGAUGUCGAGAGAAAUGGAAGUGGCGGCAGGAAAACGGCACUUUCGUGGAUAAAAUUGGAUAGAAAAGACAAACUCGAUUCGGUGACUAUUUUGGAGAGCUUCGAGCAAGCGAUUGAACAUUAUGGGAAAUUUGGAUUUGCUUCUUUUCUCGAGUACGAGUGCAUGAUGAAAGCGACAGAUCUUUUCCGAUUGCAGGGCCGAUACAUUGAGAUGGAGGAAUUUCAUCGAACGCACGUCGGCAAGUUCCUCGACGACUCAUUCACGAAAUUCGACCACCAAUUCAAGGCUCAAGUCUGUGCUAACAGUGCCGAGAUGUAUAGAAAGAUCAAUUUUCUCCGGAAGAGCGCCUUUUUCUCGCGGCUUGGCGUCCUCUUUCGUUUGCAUGUGAUGGAUGGAGAGACGAGAACUGUGGCUGAUUAUCGGAGUGUUUAUCCGAUUCUCUUUCGAACACUUUACGGUUACGGGAUCAACGAGACCGCGUCGAGGGACGUCACACAGAGCUCGUCAAGUCAAAAUGGGCCCAUUGAGUUGCAAAUCAAAGCAUUACAUGAGGUCUACACCUCCAGCACCCGUGCCCAACUUAGUGACGCGGCGAUUCGACAUUUAUGCCAUCUACUACAAGGCUACUAUCCCUUUCUCGAGCCAUCGAUGCGUGCCCGUUUGAUCUCGGAGUUGGCCACGCUGAGGAAAGCCGAGGAAAGACGGAGGAAACAUCAAGCCGUUCAAUGGGUUGUUGGAGCGCACUGUUUGCUACGGAUCCACGUCUACAAUUGUUUACCCCAGGAAUUGGUUGUUAGAGAGUUGUGUGUCCUUGGUGAGGGUGUCACUUUCGAGACGGUCCCCUUGCGAUUGAGCCUUCCUCCAUCGCCGGAAAAAAUGCCGCAACGAACCAGUGAUCUUCAAAUGCAGCACGAUCUCAUCGUUGUGCCUAGAACCCCCGGUCAAUUGACGAUCACUGGCUACAGUUGCUCGGUGUUCGGCUUGAAAAAUGUGUGCAAGUUGCGUGCGAGAAAAUCAUUGACGAUAGAAAUCCUUCCCGAAUUGCCGCUGCUCGUCGUGCAAUCCUCUCUCCCAAAAGCCCCGAUUUCGUCGGUUGAUGGUGAAGUAGAUUCGGCGGAAAUCACGAUCUACAGUGGACAAACAUUUCAACACUCAUUGGCUCUGAUCAAUUCGUCGGAUAAACUUGGGAUUUGCGAUGUGAGAGUACAGAUCACUCAACCGAAAGUAAAUGGAGGACCGUCGUUGAUAAAGCUGGCGAAUGAAUUUGACACGACGAAUGACUCACUCUGUACGCCGACGCUGGAAUCGGAGUUGGAAGGCCUAGUUCCGGUGGGUGCUCUUCUCUCGUCGAUCCCAUUGCUUAAACAACUUGUCUUGCCGGCGAUAUCGCUAGAACUGAUCGUGAACGGUGUCCCUUAUUUGUCGCAAGAUGACCUAUCGGUGGGAAUCGGUGAUGUGAAUGUGUUAGAGAUUGCCGUCAUCUCGUCAUUGGAUUAUGAAUUCCACGGUGAAAUGGAGCUCGAAUGCGAGCAGGAGGUGUUGUUGAGGAGAAAAUCGAUUCCCCGUCCACACAAUUUGGUCAUUGUCGGCAGCAGAAAGGUGCCGUUUUCGGUGCCAACAAAGGGUGGCGACGACUCUCUUCUGACACCAAAGUCGAAAAUCGUCUUUCGACUCCUCUUUCGUGUCGAGGGUGUGUACAAGGUUCGACCAAUUGUGCGAGCGCGUCGCGAAGAGCAACAACUAUUCGCUGAUGAGGUCUUCUCGUCGCCGAUUUCGUUCAAUGUGUCGACAAAGACGCGU